AUGUGGGGAAGAAGAUCCAUUGCGCGAGCUGGCGUAGCAAUUGAAGCCCUCGGUCUCCCUGUCCGCCCUACCCCUCCUCUUUCUCGCGCACUACACCAACUUUCUCUCUCGCACUCCUCCCCUCGACUGCGACCUCGACUGCCAACACCUGCUGCUACACUAGAUCUGAGUUUCCCGCCAAUUAGACAUUGUUCCGCCGAAGUCCGCAUGAUGGCGUCUCAGGACAGAGAGACACUUCCUGACGUGGCGAAGCCUGUUAACUACCAUGUCUCUCUUUUCGACCUGCAGUUUGGUGGUUCAUGGGAAUACAAGGGUGCAUUAAAAAUCGAUCUCAAAGUCACCCAUGCUUCCAGCAAGAUUGUGUUGAACUCGAAGGAGAUUGAGGUACACGAUGCUGAAAUCUUGGGGAAAGACGGGAGUCAACUGGCCCGAGCAUCCGGCAUCACUUACGACAAGCAAUCUGAGCGUGUAUCUCUCGCUUUUCCCAAAGAGAUUGUGCCGGGAGACGUUGUGCUUUCUAUCAAUUUUACGGGUACCAUGAACAACGCCAUGGCCGGCUUUUACCGGUCAAAAUACAAGCCCGUUGGACAGCCAUCUCCCGACACCCCAAAAGAAGAUGACUUUUACUACAUGCUCAGCACUCAAUUCGAGUCUUGCGAUGCACGACGGGCCUUCCCUUGUUUCGAUGAGCCAAACUUGAAGUCCACUUUCGUUUUUGAAAUCGAAGUUCCCAAGGGACAGACAGCACUGAGCAACAUGCCUGUCAAAUCUGAAAGAGACGGCAACAAGCCCGGCUUGAAGUUUGUUACGUUCGAGCAGACGCCGGUCAUGAGCACCUAUCUCCUGGCAUGGGCAGUUGGUGACUUUGAAUACGUUGAGGCUAUGACUCAGCGCAAAUAUCAGGGCAAAAGUAUUCCUGUUCGAGUUUACACCACACGAGGCCUGCAAGAUCAAGCGCGAUUUGCACUGGAGUGUGCUCACCGCACCGUUGACUAUUUCUCGGAAGUCUUUGAAAUUGAGUACCCACUCCCCAAGGCUGAUCUCCUGGCCGUCCAUGAAUUUGCCAUGGGAGCGAUGGAAAAUUGGGGUCUUGUGACCUACCGAACGACUGCUGUUCUCUUCGAUGAAGGAAAAUCGGACAACCGUUACAAGAAUCGCAUUGCCUAUGUUGUAGCCCAUGAGCUCGCUCACCAGUGGUUUGGUAAUCUCGUCACCAUGGACUGGUGGAAUGAGUUGUGGUUGAAUGAAGGGUUCGCUACAUGGGUCGGUUGGUUGGCCGUUGAUCAUUUCUAUCCCGAGUGGAACGUCUGGUCCCAGUUUGUCGCUGAAGGUGUGCAACAAGCGUUUCACCUCGACUCGCUCCGCGCUUCUCAUCCCAUCGAAGUACCUGUUCGGAACGCUCUUGAAGUCGACCAGAUUUUCGACCAUAUCAGCUACCUGAAGGGAAGCUCCGUCAUUCGCAUGCUGAGUGUCCAUCUCGGCAGGGAGACUUUCUUGCGUGGAGUUGCAGACUAUCUCAAGUCACAUGCAUAUGGCAAUGCAACCACUAAUGAUCUGUGGUCCGCCUUGAGCAAAGCUUCCGGCCAAGACGUGCAUUCUUUCAUGGACCCCUGGAUUCGAAAGAUUGGUUUCCCGGUUGUCACUGUAGCAGAAGAACCUAGCCAGAUCAGCGUUAGCCAGAAUCGAUUCCUAUCUACUGGGGAUGCAAAGCCAGAGGAAGAUGAGACGAAAUGGUGGAUCCCUCUUGGUAUCAAAUCCGGAUCAAAAUUGGCUGAUGUUGACACCCGUGCUCUCACCGCGAAAUCCGAUACUAUUGGAGGAAUUGGCGAGGACACUUUCUAUAAGAUCAACAAGGAUUUGUCUGGGUUCUACCGCACCAACUAUCCUCCUAAGCAUUUGGAAAAACUGGGCCAGUCGCUUGAUCUUCUGAGCACCGAGGAUAAGAUCGGUCUGUUAGGUGAUGCCGCUGCUCUUGCAGUAUCUGGCGAAGGCACCACACCAGCCUUGUUGACUCUUCUGGAAGGGUUCAAGGAUGAAAGAAAUUACCUUGUCUGGUCCCAAAUCUCUGCGUCUCUGGCCAAUCUGCGUUCGGUAUUCUCCCAAAACGAAAAGGUUGCCGAGGGGCUAAAGCAGUUUACACGCAAAUUGGCUUCCCCGGCUGCAGAACAGAUUGGCUGGAAAUUCCAACCCAAUGAAGAUUAUCUCGUUGUGCAGCUUCGGAAGCUACUGGUUGGGAUGGCCUGCAAUGCGGGUCAUGAAGAAUUUGCCUUGGAGGCUAAGCGUCUCUUCGAUCUUUGGGCGACUGGAAAAGAUACUAAUGCCAUCCAUACGAAUUUGCGGUCAGUGAUUUUCAGCAUCAAUGUGUCAGAGGGCGGUCGUAAAGAAUAUGACGCCGUUAAAGAGGAGUAUCUACGGACUGACUCCGUGGACGGCAAAGAAAUUUGCCUAUCUGCACUUGGACGCACGAAGGAUGCUGCACUGGUGACGGACUACUUGGACUUCGUGUUUUCGGAUAACGUUGCUAUCCAGGACAUCCACAGCGGUGCCGCAUCUUUGGCCGCCAAUUCGAAGGUCCGACACCUACUGUGGCAGUACAUCAAGGACAAUUGGACUGCUGUCGAAACACGGCUGUCAUUUAACAACGUUGUGUUUGAGCGCUUUGUCCGCGUGGGUCUGUCCAAGUUUGCCGAUCACCAGAUCAGUGACGACAUUGCAGCCUUCUUCAAGGAUAAGGACACCGGUGCCUAUGACCGCGCACUCGUUAUUGUCUCGGAUAACAUUCGAACUAAUGCAUCCUACAAAGUGCGCGAGGAGACCGUGGUUCUGGAAUGGCUACAGGCUCAUGGUUAUGCUUGA